AUGCUGAAGCUGCUUCUUCUAUUGGUUUCCCAUGGCGCCGUUCUGGCCAUCGGUUUCGCGCUCGGCGUCUAUUUUCUGCCGAUCCUGACAGAACCAAAUGGGCCGGACGCGACCGCGCUGGCUGCAGCGGCGGAAGGUGCAAGAUAUGAGGUUCCCCUGUCUCGGGACCUCAAGGGUAGCGACCUGCUCCAUUGGGGCGAAGGCACGAUCAGUCUUUCCGAUCGGCGGAUUGUCCACAAAGGCGAACUCUCGCCUGGCCCGGACUACAAACUCUAUCUCGUCAAGGAGUUCGUCGAUGAUGAGGCCGGCUUUCUUGCCAUGAAGGAGUCUGCUGUCCGGCUCGGAGAUAUCAAGACUUUCGACGGCUUCAUCGUUGAAGUUCCCGAGGACGUGAGCAUCGACGACUACAAUACGGUGCUGGUGUGGUGCGAGGCCUUCGGUGAGUUCAUCACCGCCGGAAAGUACAGGUAA